CCUCCCUCCCUUCCCUCCCCGCUCUCCCGGCCCCCAUUCCCGCACUACCCAAGCCCGCGUGCUCGCCCCGCCUCCUCCCAUGGCCGACUGCUACGCGCCGGCGGACAUGGACGAGCUCCACAGGCGGUGGCUGCCGCGGGAGAUCUUUGCCGAUAUUGGCAUCGCCGACGCCGCCCCGCCAUCCGCCGCCGCCGUCGAGGACGUCGCGGUGCACCUCACCGGCAUCCUCGGCAGCAAGGAGGGGCUUCCGCGCCCGCCUCCGCCUCCGCCGGCACCGGCCCCUCACCACCGCCACCACGCGUCGCAGGUCUCGGGGCUGGGAGGGACGGCUCCUGUGGUGUACGGCGGGGGGAGUAAUGGUGGCGGCGUGCCGGCGCCGUGGCCGGUCUUGCCCUACUCGCCGCCCCAGUGGCAGGUCCCGACCAAUUUCGUCAACGGCGGCGGCAGCGCCCGUUUCCUGGGCCCAAGGCAUGCUCCGCCACGGCCCUCCCACGGCCCUCCGCCGGCCAAGCGGCGUCUCGGCGGCACCGGUGGUACCGGCGUGUUCCUGCCGCGAGCUCCGGUGUACCAGUACCAGCACAAGGCUGCAACCAAAUCUCCGGCCAAAGGCAGGAAUCCACCAAAGGAGUUACUUCAGGGGCAGUACCAGCCAGUGCAGCAGCAGCAACGCGCAGACCAAGAGGAGGCAGCGGAGACGACGCAGAAGCAAAAGGCAAGCGCAGCAUUGCUAGCGCUGCCCCAGGAGUGGACUUACUGAGCGGGAUGAGAUGAUGGCGAACAAACCAGUGCAGUAGCUAGCAGAUCAUGUUUAGAGGGUGCUUGGAUAUGUUUUAGUCCCAUACUAAAAGUAGUGGGACUAAAACUUGCUAGCCUCACCCAUGCUUGGAUCCAAAUACUAAAGAGACUAAAAUGAAGUUAUUGAGCAUUUAUUAUCCUCCAAACCAUCCAAUCCAGAACUCGCAUGUGCUAAAGGAGAUGAAUUAAAUGAGGAGAGAGAGGGCUAAUACAUAUUUUAAUAGGUUUCAUGUGACUAAAAAGUUUUAGCCUUAAGACUAGUUCUAGCCUCUCUUUAGUCAGGGUGCUUGGAACUUUAGCCUCUAAAAAAGACUAUUUUUAGUCAGACUAAAAAUAGUCCCUUGAUCCAAGCAGGCCCUUAGUGUUGUUUUAUCGCGUCAUGCAGGCAGCAAUAAUAAUAAUGAAUAAAAUAUGACUAAUAAGGAGUGCAGUUUUGGUGUAGUAGGGUGGGUGGGAUUACAGUCUUAUAAUAGUACCAUUAGCUGAGAAAACUAUGGCGGAUCCCUUGGUGUAUCAUCAUCUUGUACUACCAUCAGCAGUAAUAAA